AUGUCAUCUGCUGGUGUUGGUCCACUGUGUUUUAUCAAGUCCAAAGUCAACGCAGCCGUCUACCAGGACAUUUUAGAGCACUUCAUGCUUCCUUCCGCUGACAAGGUUUAUGGAGAUGCUGAUUUCAUUUUCCAGCAGGACUUGGCACCUGCCCACACUGCCAAAAAGAAUCUAUGGGGUAUUGUCAAGAGGAAGAUGAGAGACACCAGACCCAACAAUGCAGACGAGCUGAAGGCUGCUAUCAAAGCAACCUGGGCUUCCAUAACACCUCAGCAGUGCCACAGGCUGAUCGCCUCCAUGCCAUGCCGCAUUGAUGCAGUAAUUCAUGCAAAAGGAGCCCCGACCAAUUUUACUUUCAAUCCAAAGGAAGGUAUUGAUAAUCCAGCUCUAGUGAUCACUGAUGAUCCAGAACCCGAUCAGAAUGUGGUGCCCAGACUGUGCCAGCUGAAGCGUCUAGAGGGACAGAGCUUUGGUUUCUACCUGCGGAUGGACCAGAGCAACUGUGGAUUUGAGAUCAGAGAUGUGGAGCCAUGGAGUCCUGCAGAGCGCAGUGGCCUCAGAAACCGAGACAGAGUGCUGGACGUCAACGAUGAAUAUGUGGGCAACAUGGACUUGUACAGGUUGGUGAGGAAGAUCCAGUCAUGUGGCUUACACCUGUUUCUCCUAGUGUUGAGGAGAACAGAGUAUGAACAGGCAGUAUCUAUGAGUGUGGACCUGAAGAUGCUGACCAAGUUGUCAAAAGGGGACCACUGGUCCAGACCCAGACUGUGUCACAUUAGGAGACAUCCCGAGUGUGGCUUGGGAAUGACCAUCAUCCCUGUCGAGGGUACGAAAGGCCGGUACACUGUGAGCACAGUGACUGAUGGUCCAGCAGAGAAAGCUGGUGUCUGCACUGGAGACAGACUGAUCUGGAUCAACGGAGUCCUUGUGUCAACGCUUACAUACUCCUCUCUCAGCAAAACUGUGAGGAAGAGUGGAGACUCAGUGACAGUGCUGGUCACUGACAGUGAGAGUGAAGCUUGCUAUGUGAGGAGGAGGAUGCCCAUCCUGCCUGUGGUAGCAAAAUGCAAUUGCCUCCCCUACUCUGCCAAGACCAUGCACCUAACUAAAGGACACAAUGGAUAUGGCUUCCUGCUGAGACAAGAAAAGCUGGUAGGCACGCAUUGGACAGUUCAUGUGUUGAGGGAGGUGGACGUGGGAAGUCCCGCUGAGGUGGAAGGGAUGGAGGAUGGAAACCUGCUGCUCGCUGUAAAUGGGGAACCUGUUGAAUCUAUGGAGCAUGAUGACAUUGUCCAAAAGAUUAGAAAGAGUGGUGAUGAAGUCAUCCUCACCUCUAUAUCCAAACAAGGAAGAGACUUUUACAGAGAGGUGGGCAUUUCUCCACUUCUGUUCCAUGAAGUAUGUAGGCCUACAUUCCAGGAUGACAGGCAGCAGACUGUCUCCCUCUGCGCUAAGAACCAGAGGGAAACUCUUCUGACAAAUGGACAACUGACAAAUUCCACAGUGCUAGCUCAGGCCAGAGAGGACAGAGGCUGUGUGCCGGAUCACUCAGGACCUGUAACUACAAAGCUAACAAGUGAUGCUUUCUUGUAAGGGGAAUAAGCAGAACACAAAUAACACAAGCCAUCAGUUGACAGAGGAAGAUAAGGAGAGCUCAAGUUUAAGGAUUUUUUUUUUUUUUUACAUCAGACUGAGACGAGACACUCGGAGGAGAAGUUGCUGUUUGCCACAACUCACCAUACCGUAAUCAGGCGUGUUUAGGCACUUCAAGGUUAGGCAUUAGUGAGAUUUUUUCAGUCAAUUAUAAACAAACAUUGCUUUUUUGUGUGAAAAUCCUUGUAAUAAACUGUAUGCUAAAAGCUGUGCAAUAGCUUUUGAAAUAUUCAGCUCCAUAUAUAGAAGUCUAACAAAUAGAAACAAAUGUUUGUAAUGGCCUCUGUUAUCUGAUCAGCUGUAACAUGCACCUGUGUCCGGUUAUGUAAAUUCAUUAAAUCAUUUAAUGAUUAUUAGGUGAUUAGAUAUGUUUUAUUGAGGUUUUCAUGAAUUGUAGAAAUACUGUGUGAAGUUAUCUUUAGUUUUUCCAUUAUGACAACAGAGUUUGGCAUUCUUUAAAUGUCAUGUAUGUAAUGUUUUCAUCAAGAGCCUUUUGGGCCUCACACUUUCUAAAAUGAAAACUGUCCACUGGAUACCUAGUCAUUAGCUUUGAUUUACAGUGCCUUAACGCAGAGCUCAAUAGAUACAUUAUUGUACUUUAUAUGCUGAAACAUUUAAAUUUCAAUGCACAUGAUUAAAACAUCAAAUAUACAAACAUGGUAUAAGGAAAGUAUAUGAAUACAAAUAGUUGUUGAGUUGUUGUUAGUCUCUUACACAAACUUUGUCAGUUUUUACUCUACAACAUUCCAAAAUGAGCAACAUUUCAUUCAAGUACUUAAUUCCAACACAAAAUGAAACAUAGGAAUGUACACAAAGAGUUGAUGGAGGUGAUGUGGAAGGAGAAUGACAAUGUUUACCAUUGAUAGAUUUAUUCAUUCCUGGGAAAAAUCCAAUUAAGUUUCUGAUAGACACAUUUCUGUUAUCUCCUUUUAUCAGUAGAAUGCUUGUUAGGAGAUUGUCCACAUAUAGCUUAGUGUCGCUGAGAGUGAUUAUCUCACUUAAGACUAAUACAUGACAGAAAUCAAACCAAUAGCCUCAUUAGAGGAAGCUUUCAUAUGUUUGGCUGAGACAGCGCAGUGAACUGAAACUUAAAGGGAUAGUUCACCAAAAAAAUGAAAAUUAACUCAUUAUCUACUCACCACUAUGCCAAUGGUGGGAUGGAUGAAGUGUAUGAGUCCACAAAACAGUUUUCUAGUUUCAGGGGAAAACAGAAUUGCAGCCAAAUCCGAUACAAUUGAAGUAAAUGGCCGUCACUUCAGAAAUUUGGUUGCAACGCUGUUUACCCCUGAAACUCCUAAAGCAUUUUGCGGACUCAAACACUUAUUAUCCCUUUCACACUAGUAAUAAGGAAAACAUAGUAAACAUUUGAUAAUAUUAAAUUACAACACAAGAAAAUUAAGUACAUUUACACAUUCAUUGUUUGUGAAGACAGGUGAUAUAAAGAAACACAGUGAAAAUAAUCACUUACAAUUGCACACAGUAAUAUAAAGUUUCCCGAAAACACAAAAAAAUGUAUGAGCACAUGAGGAAUUAGUAAAAGGGUUCUGCCAUAUUCACAUUCUAGUAGAGAAUGCAGGCUCCCUUCAGCUCAGCAGGAUGUUAAGAAACAGUGCUGGAGGGGUUCUGUCAAUAUACAUAUUGUGUUUUUGUCAUAAAGUAGCUGGUUGAACACGAAGGCUCAGAUUUCAUCCAGCAAUCAUUUUCAGUUUGGUCUACACACAGCAGCAGCCUUCAGACAUUAGCUGCAUUCAAAGUUGCAGCUGAGGUCAAAGUUCAACUAAACAGCUCAGGAAACAACACACCAUAUACAUAAUAACACACAUAGGAGAUGGGUGCGAAAGCAGUUUUUCUGCAACAAUGUGAAUAUGGCGUCAGCUUUUAUGUCCACUAAUAUCUGACUCAGACAAUGAACAUGUACAAAUUAAAUAACUUGUGUUUACAAUGCUGAUUUGUAUUUGACUGGCAGUGUGCCUGUUGUGUUUCUACAUUUCUUUUUCUGAAUGCUGAUAUGUUUUGCAAAAUUACUAUCUUGUUUUCUAGACCUUCCUGAGCCCACUGUACAUUAAGGUCUUCAGAGGACCUUGUCGUCCUAGGAAGAAACUAUUCCAACAUGCAGACUUUCCAACUAUAAGGUUUCUUGAGAAGUGGGACAAAACAUGAUUCAAUAUUGAAAAAAAUAUAAUCUUAAGCUCAGACAAAUUAAACUAUGUGUAUUUAUCUAUCAUGUACUAAGCUACUGAGCUAUGCUUUGAUGCAA